UUCCGGGAAGAUGUCGGCGGCGUGGAGAGCGGCGGUGGCGGCGGCCGCCCGAGCCCCGCUGCGGGGGCAGCUCGCCGGGAUACGGCCCCCGCGCAGCCAGCGCCGCCCGUCCGCAUGGGGGGCCGCCGCCGCCGCUGCUCUGGUCGGGGGAGGCUGCCUGGUGGCGUGUUACAGCGGGCGGCCGCGAGUGUUCCCGACGGUGCUGGCUCAGAAGGAAGAUAUCAUUCAUGCAGAUGUGGAUGAAAGGCUGUCUCUUCGAAAGCACCGCUUCAUGCAUUUUGCAUCGUUGGAAUAUGAAGGAGAAUAUUACAUGACACCAAGAGAUUUCUUGUUCUCAGUAAUGUUCGAUCAAGUUGAACGCAAAGCCUCAGCCAAGAAACUGACAAAAAAGGAGGUAGAUGCUGCACUGCUGUAUGUUGCCAAAGCUAAACCAGGACCAACCUUUUUUAGAGAGCUUGGUGAUAAAGGGUUGAUCUCUUAUGCAGAGUAUCUGUUUUUGCUGACAAUUCUUACAAAGCCCCAGACUGGACUUCAGAUUGCCUUUAAAAUGUUGGAUGCAGAUGGCAAUGAACAAGUUGAAAAGAAAGAAUUCUUUAAGCUACAGAGAAUCAUUGGGAAGGAAGAUGACCUGAAAGCAGCUGGAGACGAAACUGUACUUCGGGAAACAGAACUGGACAGCUGUGGUGUUAAUACCGUGUUGCUGGUACAUUUCUUUGGAAAACAGGGAAAGGAAAAACUUCGCUUUUCCGAGUUUUUCAGAUUCAUGGAAAAUCUGCAAACAGAAGUCCAAGAAAUGGAAUUCAUCAAGUUUUCAAAGGGUUUGAGCGUCAUGAGAAAAGAAGACUUUGCGGCAUGGUUGCUGUACUUCACUGAUGAGGAAAACAAUGAAAUUUACUGGCAGAAUGUGAAAGACAGAAUUGAAGCAGGAGAGAACAUCAGUUUGGAAGAAUUCAAGACUUUUUGCAAGUUUACAAAUAAUCUGGAAGACUUUUCCAUCGCCAUGCAGAUGUUUACUGUAGCAAAUCGUCCUGUUAAGCGGGCUGAGUUCAAGAGAGCAGUGAAGGUGGCAACAGGACAGGAUCUGUCAGAUAAUGUUUUGGAUACCAUCUUCAAGAUUUUUGAUCUAGAUGGAGAUGACUGCCUCAGCCACAGCGAGUUUCUUGGAGUCCUGAGGAACCGAAUUCAUCGAGGCUUGAGGGUACCACAGCAGCAAGGCAUUCAAGGUUUCUGGAAGUGUGUGAAAAAAGAAAGCAUUAAAGAAGUCAAAGAACUUUGGAAGCAAACUGGGAAAAGUCCUUUUUAAAGCAGUCCAUUUUUCUUUUGCUUAAGUGGUUUUUCUUUAGGGGAGUUUGUCCUGUUUACAUAAUAACUAAACCAAAAAUACACUUUUUUUAAGCUAUAGUUAAAGUUUCAUUAACCCAGACUCUAAUGCAAUAAUUUUAUAAUUGUUCCAGUGCAAUCAGUUUGGUUUACAGAACUGAUGUCGCUUUUGGCCUCCAUACCAUAGUACUCUUGUUCUGGGGAAUAGUGUUGUUUUCUGCUCUGUGGAGUCUGACCCUGCACUGAAUAAUGGCCCCAGGCAGGAACAUCACAGCAGUUUCAUCUCCUGUUGAAGGAGUGAACAUCAUCUCAGACACCAACACAGCAGCUCUCCUUCUCCAGCAAGGGCAGAGGUCCACAGGGCAAAAUCACAAAACCAAAUUAUCCUAAAUCAAAAAGGAAAAUUCACACCUUGUUUUGGGGAUCUGCUCAUGUGCUGGUUCCUGAUGCUUGAUUCCACCACUUCCUGUGUGGAUGUCUGGUUUGCCGGCCCUCAUGGUGUUAUUAUUAAACUGGAAAUACAAGACUGAUGGGCUUGAUGCAGGGUUUAAAAGUUGUACAUUGAUCAAUGAGUGUGUAUUGAGUGUCUCAGACCUCUUCCACAUAGUAUAAAUGGGAAGAAAAAGAAUCCUCAUUCUAUCAAACACAGUGGUGGCUACAGUUUGACUCAUUACUAUUUUGCUUUAUUUGUAUUGCAGAAGAUGAAUGCGUAACAAGUAGUUGUUUUAUCUCACUAAAAGUUGUGACAGGAAAACCUGAAGUAUCUCAGGAAAUCAAGGUUAUAAUAAGCCAUUGUUGAGGUAAUAUGUCCAAUAAAAAACCAAAUACAAAUGUUUAUUACUCCAAAUGCAAAGUUAGACCUAAGACCUUGAACACUAAAAAGAGGAACAAAUCAAGACUAACACUUAGAAAUUACAGAUGAACAUUUUUUUGCAAUAACAUAAGGUGCAUCUCUGUGUACACAGGUGUGCACAUUACAUGUUUUGUCUUUCUUAAAAUCCCAGGAGCCAAAAGCCAGGUCCAGAUAACUCUUCCUGGUUGGCCAUGAUACAUAGGAGAUAGACUUAUCUGUAAAGUUGUCAAGGUUCUUCCUCUUUCCCACUCUCAGUUGUCUGACUUGUCUUGGCUGGGGUGAAAGCUUAACCUUUCAGGAUAGGUUUGUGAUAAUAGAGGUAAUAGACUGAAAACGUGGACUAGGGAAAUAUCUCAAAAAAAUAACCCAGAAACCACUCAGUGAGGAACUAUCCAUCUGUUUGUUGCAUUACAUCAGCUGUGUUUGCUUCAAUUACAUCAGCUGUGUUUGCUUCAAAGCUCAACAUGUGAUGCUUGGUUGUCAUUUCUUUGGGGUUUGUGAGAAGAGGGGCAAUUUCCAUGAUAGGUAAGACAUCAGGGCAGCUCUCACUUGGUGCAGGGACAGCAGAGAAUGCAUUGGGAAACCCUAAAGGUCCCUCCUAAGGAAUACUGAGAUUACUGAGAAUGUUUGAUGUGUUGGUAGCUGUCAUGUUUGUGCUGAGGACAAGUCCUAGUGCUUAGCCUUGGCAUAGUGAUCUCUCCUAGGAAACACAGUGAGGGGCCAGCAAAGCGACUCUUCCCUCAUGGCCUCAGCUUGGAGCUUUAAUCUAAAGUGUUAAAGAGAAAAUGCUGGUAGUCCUGUCAUAGACAUGCACCCAGAACAAGACCAUGCCUGUGGGGAUGUCCUGAGACUGUCUGGAAGACCAAGCACCAGUGACCAUCAGGGAUCCCUUUUUCCCCAGGGAAAAAUCCAAAUGCAGUAAAUGCCUCAGCCUCCUCCCCUCAAACUGAGCUCCUGCAAUGCUAUGUGGGCAGCAGGAUAGCAGGUGCUGAUUUUCUUUGUGUGUUUGGAAAUUGUUUGUUGCUUCUCGUGGUGGGAGCCAAGGUAGGGCAGUGGGACUGGCACCACAGUACCAAAGCCAGCUGCACUUCCCCAAAUUAUCCAAAAAAUUACACUAUUGAAGAAGAGCUUCCAUGACACAGAAGUGUGGAUGUGUUCACCCAAAGUGUGCUUUGUGCCAGCUCUGGCUUUAAUGCAAGGCUGCCUUUUAUUUGUUGCUGUUAAUAUUUUGGCAAAUCAUUUUUACUUUGGAGUGGAAAUUAUUCCCUAGCAUUUUAUUCUGUGUGAAGUUAAUAGGUUUGUGAUGUUUUUUAUUGCUUUUGUGGUUUCUUUUGUUUACUAAUUACUUCCUUAUUACAAGCUGUUUGGUUUUCUUUUGGAAAAAUCAACUCAUUUAGCUUUAGUGUAUCUAGAAGUUUAAUUCCUCAGUGCUCAUUUCUAUCUGGGUUUGUGCAAUCAGCAGUAUCUGCUUUCAGGGGUUUCAAGUUUUAGUUUUCAGCAAAAGCUUUGAUUUCAAGUUCAGAGGAAAAGCAAAGGGAUAUGCUUGGGUUUGAUAUGAAUUUUGUAUCUAUAGUAAAAAGAAAAAAAUUGAUUGGAAAUUAAAACAGAGUUAUGAAUAAUUUUCAGAAGUGAUCCUGAAAGUGCAGCCAGGAACUCCUUUAAAGGCUAGGGAUGACUUGUCCACCAGGCUUGAAGAAUCAGAUUCUGCAUUUAAUUUGUAAGUUUAUUGUUAUUUGUCAACUAAAAUAGUUUGUAAAACAGUCUUAAAAUAAUUUCUCAUUUUUAAUAUCUUAUAUUAAAAGAGAUAUUUAUGUAUUUAGAUACACCCUGUUUUUUAAGAAAUUCAUUAUAGUUUAAGUGUUUGAUGGUUUAGUUUCUUUUAGUCACCGUAUGAUAAUUGCAGCCUGCUGUGAGCAUUACUCAACAUAUUUAGUUAAGGCUUAUGCCAGCUACCAGUCUAAAUAUAUCAAUUGUGACUUGUUUUAACAUAAAGAACUCUUCCUCUGAACAGGAAUGUAUAGAAAAGGUAAAUAAAAUUGAUUUUUUUUUAAUCUACCACAUUGCGUCUGAAUUUUACAUAGAAUAAAGAUGAACACAUUGCACAUUGCAAAAGUCUCAAAAAUUGAUAUAACAUAUCAAAAGCAAGUGCAGUCACCUACAGCACAUAGCUGCUUUUCAGAAUUUUAGUUAUUGUAUCCCCCUAACAUUUCUUACAUUUCUUUGUUUAAGAUAAUGUCUAAUAACCAUUUAUUCUUCACUUCCAAAGGAAGCAAAGGCAAAAAUGCAUGUGAUAUACUAGAAGUAAUAGAAACUCAUUGAUUGUUUCUAGAAAUUAAUUCUGGUGUCUCAGUUUGUACAAGCCUCUUUCUAAAAGCAAAAGUCCCUCUGGAUUCAAACCAAGCUGGCAGGUUUAAACAAAACAGGCAACAAUGAGGAGUACAUGUUGUGUACAGCAGACAAACAACCAGGCCAUGGACUGUGGUUUCGUGGCACUUCACAUGUUCAGUGCAUAUAACAUAAAAAGGAUCACUGCCCAAUAAAGGGCAAGAAUGGGAACAAUCCCGUUGCUUAGAGGAAGUAUAAAUUUCAGGUAUAUUGACCAUACUUGGACUAAAACAUAGAAAUGGAUCGAUAACUGUACAUCAAAGUUUUAAAAUAGUUUUCUUCUCAUGCUGGAGUUCUCACAGGAGAGGGCAAGCAUGCCUCAUACCUUCAGUUUUGAUUUUUCCUGUAAAACAGUCACAGCUGGUUCAGGAAACGACUCCAAUGCAGAAAAAAGCCUUUAGUCAUUCUGAACAGAAAAUACGUGCCCAAAUGAUGUUGUGGUCAUUAUUAGUGAGAUCCAAGUUGCCCAACAAACAGCUCCUGUAAUGCAGUUGGUCACAAGGGAAGCAUGAAGAUGAACAUGGCAGAUGUAGACACACUCUUCUAGUGCCCAGCUGGCCACAGAAGCUCCUGCUACAGAAGCUGAAGAUGUCAUCCAACAAGAAGCCGAAAACCCUUUGCAGAACAGAAAACCUGAGAGACUUAAGCUUGCACAAAAUUAAUCAGCAAACAAGUGUGUGUCUCUUCACUCAUUUAUUUGAAUGUUUCCCAUUGGCUUUGUUUAUUAAACAAUUCCUA